GAGAUUUGAACCCUUAUGUUUUCAGGGCAGGAGAAUCUUGACAUGGGGAAAAACACCAUGAGGCUUCUCUGUACUUCACUUUCCCUUCCCAUGCUUUGCUGGCUUGCUGAAGGUACCCUGUCAAAAACAGAUGCAAAGAAAGGUGCUACAAAAAAAAUGGAAGAAAAGAUGCUGCAUUCUGAUAAAAAUGUGCAGGACCGGGGACUGGUAGUUGUGGAUCCAAAGGCAAAGGAUAUUAUACUGGAACACAGAAGUUAUUGCUCCAAGAAGAUGAAGGAAAGAAAUUUCUCAGGAGAUGUUCUGGGAUAUGUUACUCCUUGGAACAGCCAUGGCUAUGACAUUGCUAAAAUGUUUGGAAACAAAUUUACAGUAAUCUCACCAGUCUGGUUACAAGUGAAAAGGAGAGGGAAGGAAAGGUUCCAGUUCACUGGGCUCCAUGAUGCUGAUAAAGGCUGGAUGAAAGAUGUCAGAAAAAGCUCCAAAAACAUCAAAAUAGUGCCUCGAAUUUUGUUUGAUGGCUGGACUUAUCAGGACUUCGAGAGUGUUUUUGGCAGUGAGGAUGAGAUAGAGGAGCUUUCCAAGAACAUGGUUCUGCUAGCCAAGAAUGAAAAUUUUGAUGGUUUUGUAGUUGAAGUUUGGAGUCAGCUGGGAAAUAGAAAGCAAAC